GUCUGGUUUGGACGUGUAGGUGCUAUAUGGGAUAUUCCUAUCCGGCACACAGUCUAAGGGAGUCAACUCAUAUAAACGUAACUACUGUGGAUUUUGAUUGUUAUGAAAUAAGGAUGGAACUUGUGGUUUGAUGUGUUGCUUUUUAUGGCCACCGGUUAUACAAGGGUUCCACGCUUCAAUCAAGGUGUACCUGGUGAUUUGAGGAUUGUUUUAAUCGGUACAACCGGGACAGGCAAAAGCGCCACAGGGAACACAUUGAUUGGUAGUGAUAAGAUGGAAUUUAAAUCCUCAGCAAGCCGUGAAUCUGUUACCAAGGAAUGCAGUGUUGCCGAGACAGAAAGAUAUGGAAAUAAGCUUGUGGUAGUUGACACUCCGGGGGUUUUUGACACCGCUAUGGAAGAUGAACACUUCAAGAUCAUGCUGACUGAAUGUACGUACCUAGCUUGUCCUGGAGUCCACGCUUUUCUCUUUUUGAUGAAAAUAGGAGACAGAGACAUAGAUAAUAAAGACGCGAAAGCCUUUUGCCUAACAAAGCAGUUGCUAGGCGACAAUUUUCUUUCCCACGCCAUUGUUGUUUUUACUGGAAAAGAAACACUUGACGCAAAUGAAGAGAAUUUGGAGGACUUUAUGAAAGGACUUUCAUCUGAGUGUAUGGAGUUUAUAAAGUCAUGUAAAGGGGGCGUUGUUGCUAUUUCAAACAUAAAUGCUGCAAAGGAAGAAUCAGCCAGACAGAUUAUUGGCAAGGUCAAAGAUCUCGUUGAACAAAAUGGUGGAAGGAGAAAGUUUUACGAGAACGUGUUGUUCGAUGAGAAAAAUAAUGAGAUCAACGAAAGAAUGGAUCGAAUCCUGAAUAAAAACAAUGCAAUUCUUGUCCAGAUCAAGCGGACCAAUAAAAAUAUGGAAUGCCUAAGAAUGUGCAUUGUAGAUGGCAACCCAACGGAAGAGCAAGAACGACUGUUGCAAAAAUUUAGAAAACAAAUUGAUGAUCUUUGGAAAGCAAUAGUCGACAGAAAAAGUGCAAGAAUAGCGGCCAAUAAAGAAAUAGAGUAUGAAAAGAAGAUAAAAAAGAUGAAGGUGAUUAUUGGUGGCGCUUUAGCUGCUGCUGGAACAGUUGCAGUUGUUGGCGCAACGGUAUCAAAUCCAACAGCAGUCGUUGCCGGUGUUUCCUUGGUUGCAUCAAAAUUAAUGAAACAUUAAGCAUGUUCAUCCUGAUAGUCAAAACGCAUCAGCAGUUUAAUGGAAGUCGACUUUGUCGACAAGGCGAGUUAUGCAAUUAACAAAAAUAAUACCCUACACCACAAGUCAAUCAAAACUAACAUACCACCAUACUUUAGAUGAAUGUGGAACCUUAUGAUUUAUGAUCACUUGCUUCCAAACUUUUUAAAUACAACAGCUGACAUUAGACAAACUCCUCCUUCACCAUAUAUCUAUUUCC